AUGUAUCAAAAAGGCCAGUCGACAGGCGGACAACAGCGCGACCGCCAAUAUAUUAUCAACCCAUUGAACCCCAGCGAGAGCAAAGGCCCAGAUCCAAUGUUGCUAGAUCUAAUGUUCAGUACCAACCGGGCCAUCAUCAUCAUCAUCAUCAACAAUAUAGAGCACCUGAACCAACUAUACAGUCACUGGUUUAUCGCAGAAAAAAGACACGGGUUUCAAGUUAAUCAUGAAAACCAGCUUAUGCUGAAAUAUAAUGUGUUGAGCAUUUGGAUCACAUCCGCCGCUCAUAAGCCCAGUCUUGUGUUGUACUCCUAUUUGGCAAAAGACAUUGAAAUACCGUCACAUUUAAGACUUAAAAUCCAGAUAUUUAUUAAACGCUUGUGCGGACCCGAUAUUGGUACCCAUGCUACAACCCACGCCACCACCACUACUCCUCCCACAACGCCAGCAUCCCGUGAUAUUAAUGGCGGCGAACCCGGCACUGGAGACACAGGAGGAACGGGGGGUAAUACUGGAGGAGGUGUAGGAGGUGGGCAAAAUGGUGGCGGUGGCCGAUUUAUCCAGGUGAAGCACCAUAAUGUAAGAACUGGGCGCACAAACGUGAUCAGAUUUCCAUCGGGCACCGGGAGUGGGGGCAGAAGUGGUGGUAAA